AUGAAUAGUUAACUAAUUACAGUUAUUAUAACAUUAUAGCAGAGAAACAAGAUUUAUAAUAUAGAAGUAGACCCUUCAACAAAGGUCUAAGAAUUAAUAGAUGAAUUUCGUGAAAUGCUUAAGCCCCUUGGAACAGAAAAGUUAGUAUUAUGGUACAACAACAAUCCACUUAGAUUAGAAAAAACAUUUGAAGAGUAAGGGAUUAGAAAAGGGUCAACAAUGAAUCUUUUUAUCGAAACUCAAGGUGGCCUUUGA